GGACUGUUUCCCGAGGAGAUCUUUGGGCGUAAUCAGUCGAGUGCAGUCGAGGUCCGGGUGUUCACAGAAAGGAAUCCUAACUUUUUACAAAAGCUUUUCUCGAGCUUGAGAACAAAAGGUGGAUUUAUCGGAAGGUUUUCUACACAGUUGCCAUGAAUUUUAAAACAAAAUAGCCCAUGUCUGAGGAGCGUGGAGCGCGGUUCGGCCUCCCUGGAGAAAAAGAAAACUUUUAAAGACAGUAAGUUUUCAUCCUUGUCAUCUGAUCGACUAGCGGAAAGAGCACAAACAAUGGCAGAGACUUAAAGCACAGCCACACUUAGCUGCUGCUAACUCGCGUUUAAUGCUCUUUAAAAUCCUGACAAUCACUUUAGACUAUUUUCUGACUCUGGUGUCUGGAGUUUACUCUUUGUUUAUAGCAGCCAAUAUUGAUGCGCAGACAGAAUACACGAGCUCCUGACUGUAUGUAAAGGCACGUGUCAUACUACUUUAAAAGAUUAUAGUGAAUAAAAAAGACAAAAAGAGGCAAUAAUUCAACAACAACAACAACAUAAAAAAACACGGAGAGUCAGAGUGGGGUAUGCUGAGCCACCCCCUGUUGCUUGGAAAUGUUGAAAGAAGUUGAUCAUGUGACCAAAUAUUUAGGAGAUGGGCAUCAAUUCAUGGAGUUUGUGACGGUAAGAAGCACAUGGGUGAAGGGGUUAGACAUUUAUUUACAAAACAAAAACAUUUUUUAUUCUUGAAAGUGAAUUUAGUCUGUCAUCAGUUUUAUUAGAAUUGUGUUCAGACCAAAAAAGAUCAUUUUAAAGUUGUUUUAUACAUAAAUUGUGGCAUCUAUGAGCUACAACAUGAGGUCAAAAACGUCACAUUAAAGACUAAUAAAUUCGUAAUAGUAGUUCAGGGGUGAGUUGAAACUGAGAAAGUAAAGAAGUCUGAUGAGAGGAUCAGAGUUUCAGUUCAGAUUGUUGAAAUGUGUUACUUUUUCUUUUCAAAAAUACAGCUGUGAAUGUUCUGAAUCACUUAAAGACAUUCUCAUGUCAAAAUGACUUUUUACAAAACAGCUUUUAAGCAGUUAUAUGCAAUAAUAAUAAAAAAAAUUAUUGUACCAGUUGAAUAGUGUAUAAUAGAUAAAAAUACACAUGAAUGUGAAGAAGUGACUUAUUAAGGGAGAGAGAAGGUGAUGGAGGGCUGGGGUGGAGAGUGGGGGGCUAGUAUGGCUAUAGCAUGGUCAACUUACCCCAUACACGAGGUAAGUUGACCAUCGGAGACCACUGUUUUUGUCAGGCUAAAUUAUCAAGGCAGUUAUGUUUACACUCAUUCUGUUGGUUUGCAGGGAUGCACAACAUCUUGAAAUAUAUGCAGAUACACUAGUUAGAGACAUGAUUGCCUUGAUGUAGUGAUCUGAAAUAUGAAAAAUGGCUCAUCUUACCCCACUCUCCCCUAUAACUUGUUUCUUUUAUGUCCAGAUUGAUCAUAAACUCUUCUGAGGAGAAUAGGUUAGAUUUAUCUGCAGAGAGUUCACUGAAUCUCUUUUCAUCAUCUUGUUAUAGUUUAAUUUACUCUUAAAGUGUGUGAGUGUUGUGUUGUGUGUGGAGAGGCUGUUGGCACAAACUGGCAGCCAUGUUUCUGUCAGUCUGCUCCAGGGCAGCUGUAACUACUAAGGUAGUUUACCACCACCAAGGUGUGACUGUGUGAGAGAAUGAAUGAUGUAUCCAAUGUAAAGCGCUUUGAGGGUCUCUGAAAAAGGGCUAUAUGAAAUCUGAUGCAUUAUUAUUAUUUAUUAUUAAUCCUAUACUGUCAAUAGAAACCUUUGAUUGUAUUCUUAGAUGUACAUUUAUUUAGUCUACUCACACUGAUGUUUUUCCCCUGUCAACCCACAGUGAGCAUCAAACUCCAGGACCUCAGGGAGUAAGAGGCGAUCACCAUGGCAACACAGUUCAGUAUUGAUGAUGCCUUCGUAUUGGAGGGAGACGAGGAGGGAGCCAUGUCUGAUGGAGAACCACAGGGAUGGCAGGACAGAGACGGAGAGAUGACAUUUGGUCCUCUCACUUUCUCCAAACCUCAAACUCAUCCCUCGCCCGCUGCCGCCGGCUCCCAAGAGCACAGUAACUUAAAGUAUCAGGUAAACAUACGACCUGUCCAGUGCAAAUUUAAGACCAAGAAGUUAUUGACCUGAAACUGUAACGUCUCUGUCAUCUGCUGGUUCUUUAGAACCUGGAAAAUGAAGACGCCUUAGGCAGCAAUGGCAACUCCUCUUUCAAUAACUUCUUCAAAAUCAGGUGUGUUCCAUAGGUAGAACUUCAAAUUUUCCCAUGUCACCUCUUUUUUUUGUUGUGAAAUUAAAUGUGUUUCUGCUCUCUCUGUAGUGACCCUGCCAAUUUGUCGUACUGCAGCUCCCAGUGGUCCUUCAGCACCUUGAGUUCUGUCACGCAGCUUUCUGCACACUGCUGCGGGUAAAUUCCACUGCUACAACACGCACCUGCUGUCAGAUGUUCACAUUUGUUCACACAGAACAGCAACAGUAAAUGCAGAAGCGGGUCAAAUAAUGGUAUGUUGUGCAGGUGGGUGUCUCAUCCGCUGGUGAAGAAAAACAGAAAGGUUGUUCUGGCUUCUUUCCUUCUUCUUAUCACUGGAGUCGGUAAGUCUAGGGAAGGAGGUUUAUUAUCAAAGACAUGUACAAUAUCUGUCAAGCCUUAAUUUAGUUUCCAUUGUCUUUCACAUAUGAUCAUGUCACGCUCAAGGGAAUAUUUAAUUGAUUGUUUUGAAUUAUACAAAGUUAAAUUGCUUUUGGGGUUUUGCAAGUUUUCACCAGAUAGUUUGUUCAGUGUUGUGACAUGUUGAACUUUGCCCUCUUGUUAAAAUCCUCUGUGCAGCACAUUUUUCCAGAGCUAUUCAUAUGAAUGUAAUAUACACUUAUAUUUCUUCCCAAUCACUGACAUUACUUUGUAUUAUUUCUCCUAGCUCUUAUUUUCACAGGCAUUGUCAUACAGCUCAAUCCAAAUGCAGGUAAGAACAAAAAACAGGUAAACUAAAUCAUUCAUGUGAGAACGAAUGGAAAAUCAGCAAUUGCUCAGGCAGUUUUCAGAGCUAAAGUCCAAAGGUAUUGAUGGUCCUAGGUCAGAUUUGAUGCAAAUGUAAAUGCAUAACAGUCCUUGUGGUAACGAAAAACAUUACAAAAAUUAACACCUUACAUGGACACACACACACACAAGAACAGUCUUUUUAGGGGGCUUGAGUACAUGAUUUGAGGUACUAUAAAUGUUUCCAUAAAACCUUUUUUAGUUGUGAAGCCACACUCAUUUGGAUUACAUGCAGGAUGUUGACACUUCCUGGAGUUUUUCUUUUGCUUCCUGUCAGAAAAUAUCUCAGUGAUAAUGUAACUACAGGCACAGGUCUUUUUGCAUUGCUUUCCUAUUGUUAAAAUAUUCCUUUUGAGGGUGAUCGCUCUAAGGCGUGUUAGUGUGUCUUUAUGAACACUGUAACAAGAGAAAUUCUCCUUGCAGGUGUUUCAAGUGCUAUUUUCUUUGUACCUGGAUUUCUCCUCUUCAUUCCUGGAGGUAAAUUUAUGAUUUUUUGCCAUGAACUUUGGUUUUACUUUUUGUAGAUGUUGAUAUUAACAGUGUCACCCACCAUAUUUUCCUCAGUGUAUCAUGUGAUAUAUAUCAACUGCGCUGUCCGCGGGAGAAGAGGAUUUAAGUUGUUCUACCUUCCUUAUUUUGAGAAAUGACAUUGAAGAGCCACUACACUUUCACUACACUACACUUCUGUCUUAAAAUGAACUGUAUUCAUUUUUUUCUUUUGUAUUUGUAGUUGCUUGUAUUUUUUCUUGUCAUUGUAAUGACCACUACUUAUUCAGCCAGCGCUACGACUGUUUCUGCCACAUGAACUAACUUUAGUGUAUAUGUACUUAAAAAGAAGGAGAUUGGUCAUGGCUGUGUUUUCUAUGAUGUGUGAAUAAUGACUGUGAAACAAAAAUACAACUUUUUUGAUAUUUACACAUAAUUUCUAUAUAUUGAAGUAGUGUAUAUAUGUGUUUGUCGCUGGUUUAGCAGUUGCCACUUUACAACGAAACUUAAAAUUAUGUCUGAAAGAUGUGCCAAAAAGCAAUCUGAGUACAACUUAACAUGAAACCCUGAAAUAUAGAGCUUUAAGAAGAUUUUCAUGCAUCUGAAAUCAAUCGUUUUUAUUUUUUUAGUGACAGAAGGUGGUAACCUUUUUCCUCUGCUGUCAUUAUUAGGUUUGAAACUGGAUAGAAGGCAGGACAGGAAGCCCAAAAAGGUUCAGGAUAGAAGUUGGGUUUACAUUAAGAAAACAAUGAAGACAAUGGAGAAUGUUACAGAAAGAGUGAGUGUAAAGGACAGUUUAUAGACCGUCAGACGAGACAAACACUUUGUUACGCUUGUCUCCUUCUGAUUGUUUGUCAUAGACAAAGCAGGGUAACACCAAACAUCAAUAAGCCAGUCUCUGUGGAGGGGGGCUUAGAAGUUCCUGUCCAGGACUCAGCAGGUUUCAGUCACCUCGCCUGUCCUCAGCACAGCAUGGGUGUAAUAGGCUGUUAUCUAACAUCACAAAAACACUUUUCUUUGCCCCAGUUAGAGUACAACUUGAUCAUUUUUAUGAAAUGAAACGUUUUUCAAUUCUUUAAGUUUCACAUACAAUGAUCACUGGUCAUGGCUCGAAAUACACAAAGCCCUGUAAACCAAUAACAAAUAACUUCAAAUCAAACAAACAGAAAAUAGAGACCCAGUCUGAUCCCUAUAUUUACUAUCUGGCCCUAAUAAACAUCUUGUGCUGAUAAUUCCUGUUUAUUAAGUAUACAGAAAUGAGAGCGGGUAUUAGGCUUGAAAAAGCUGCUGCUGAUUUUAAAAUCAAACCAGCACCAACAAUAUUUCACCAUCAGUUCUGCCAGAAGAUCAGCAGGGUUUAUGAGGACAGCAUGAAUGUUAGAGAAGAAGCGGUAAUUUAAUGCCAAGUCCUCAUAUUUUUUGGUUCAUCCUUUAAUCGGCUUAUUUCAACAAGUGAUUGUGAAAGAAAAAAAAAGCAGAUUUUUAAUCUCUUAGGUAAGCUUCCUUACAAACUUACAGCCAGUGAUAAAUACAAAGGGCUUUUGGUUCCAAAUGACCAAAUCUAUUGCACAAAAGCAGCUGCAGGUAACACCAACAUCAAGAAACUACUGAACUGCUGUUGUCAAGGAAAUACAUUUUAAACUGUCAUUUUAUGGGAAAACUGUCAUUUAGAUAAAGGCCUCAAUUAAAAAAAAAACCAUGCUGUAGGAGGCUGCGCUCCCUAACCUGUCACCUGUCUACCAUGAUGUGAGUAAAAAAUGCAGAAUUUCGAAUCGUGUAUGUUUUUACAGCCAAAAUAAAUCAAUCUUUUUUUUAUUAUUUGAAGAAUAACUGGGUGGCUAUUAAAAACGUACCAUAUACAUUAAAGUUACACUGGUCACGGUUAUUUACCCUAGUAAACACGCACAAAAAUACUCAAUUGCAAAUGCUGUUGCUCAUAAAAGCUAAAGGCAGGGCUCAACCUUCUCUGUGUUUAUGAAUGAAAUUGUCUGGAAUAAGCUUAAUAUAAUUUUUAUGUUUUUUUUUCUAAACUUUUAUUUCAGUUCUUCAACAAUGACAAAUAUUAUUGAACAUGGGAUCGCUACAUUCCUUUCUGAGGCAUCAAGACUUUGCAAAAGAGAGAAAAGAAAAGAAAAACAAAAAAUUUAUAGUCCGACGGCAUCCGAGUUAUUUUGUAAAUUAUGACAUGGGGAUCAUACAUUCAGUACAGAUCAUAGAGAGGACCGCAAGGAUUAAUAGAAAGUCAUAGUUCAAAUUGCUUUCUUAUUCAUAAGUCUAGUUAGUGUUUUAAAGUAUAUCUUCAUUUUAGUUUUAAACUGGUGGAUAUUUGGUUUCUUUUUAGACCAUUUACAUUUAUGUAUAAAAAAUCUUUCAUACAAAGUAAAAAACAUUGAACAAAAAAA